AUAUUAAUUAACUUAUCCAAGUCUGUGCGUCAUACAAAAGUCCGAGCUCCUACUCUAACGAUUCUACAUCGCGGGAUGCGUUUCGUGUCACGCAUAAUGCGUGCGAUUCAUUUAUCUUCGUUGUUCACUAUAAUGUUAAACAACGACGUGUUACGUGCAAAACAGAACGCACCUGAGAUCGGCACAUCACGCGCAGAUGAAUUCCUCGUCGUUUCUCGUUCGAUCAAGAUUUGCGUCGUCAGCCGUAGAAGCACGCGAGCUUCGAUCUCUUGAAAUGAGUCGCAACUCGCGAUCAUUCACGGCAAAUCCGAUGACCGUUACAAUUUCACAGGCUAACCCUCAUUUUAAUCGUCAUAAUUGUAACGCAUUAGCAGCGCUAUUUCAUGUCCGCGCGCAUCCCUUCUGGGCCCGAAGCUCGUCUCGCGCGCUGAUUGGCGAAGACGAUCGAACGACGCGACGCCGGGAAUGGCGGGAAUUCGCGACUCGUCCCUCGUUAGGCGCCACUUUUCGCUCAUUAUCCUACGUUAUCCCCGCGAUACCGUACGUGCAACAGUUGUGAGUGUUGUGACUCGUGACACAAUUCGACAAAUGCAACCUGUGGAAGCCGUGUGUGUACAUACAUACAGCACGGAGUCUACGGAGUUAUGGUCACGUGAUGGACAAUCGGCGAAGUCGGAGGUUAUUUGCGCUGGGCAAGGCUCGAUCGGCGAUCCCCGUGGAACAAGACAAGAAGCCGAUAUACAUGUAUCGACUCUGAAGCGAGGUGUCAGCUCUUCCACAGGCUUUUUUUGCUUUCGAGAUCUACGCGAAGUCGAUGCGCGCGGGGCGAGAGAGGAUGGAAUAAGUGCCACGUCCGGGUAUGAGAUCUCUCGUGCUUCGACGAUCUUACGACGGGACGCGGCGCCAAAAGAGUCGUCGUUCCACGGCCGAUGCGCUCGCGCCGAUAGCUACUACCGAUCCGCUCGUUUAACAGCGUAACAGCGAACAGCAACGGGAGCCGGAGCGCGGUGAACGUUGAACGAGAAAGAGAGGAGGGCGAGGGUAGAAGCAAAAGAAAGGAUUAGGACAGGCCGUUCGAGAAGGGGAUGCAUAGGAAUGAAAUGCGACGAAAAUACGCCUACCUUCUACGAGGGUGCUGCAAGUAAAGUGAGCAAUAUAUCUCCUGUCAAAAUAUUGCCCUUGCUUUAUAAUCCGCAUGACUAUCUUAAAUCGAAUUAUAAUAAAUACACUUCGGGAUUGGUCGAAGAAAUGAGUGGUAAAAGAAAUCAAAGUAAAUUUCGGUUUUUACUGACCCAAAGUUUAUCUAGUGGAACAAACUGGCAAAAAAAUUAGGUACUGUUGUGUAAUGAUGAAAUGUAUUUGGAUUAAUAGUGCAAAAUGAUGAUUUCUGCUUCAAUUAGUAAAUCACUAUGAUUUUAUUAAUCUCUAGAGUGAAAGGAAGCAAAGUAGUAACGAAACCUUAUGACAGUACU